CUGUCAUGUUAUAUGAAAUGCUUGUAGCUCUCACUUUUUUAGGAAUACUUAUUUAGUUGGAAAAAUCAGUCCGGAAUGGGAUGCUUGGGAUUGAGGAAAACCGCAUCGCUGUAUCCCGCAGUGCCACAGGACAUUAUGGAUACUCUAAGGAGGACAACUACAUUGAGUCGCAGUCAAAUAAGGUACCUGUACAAUCGCUUCUGCGCUUUCGCUGGCGGUGGUAAGGAUCCGCCCAAAAGGCUGCACAAGUACAAUUUCUAUUCGGGGCUUUUGCAUAUGAAUCCCCUGCUGCCCACCAUCCUGAAUUGCAUGUUUAGGGACAAGGAGACAAUUACGUUUCUGGACUUCGCCCUGUUCCUUAGCACCUUUCAGGCCCACUCGCUCAGGACCACCGAUGAGCUCAAGAAUGCCAUUAAAGAUAAGAAACUGAAGAUGCUCUUCAACAUGUACGAUCACAACAAAGACGGUCGCAUCACCAAGUACGAUUUGGUGAUAGUUGUCCACAAACUAUUCUCGAAUCUGCUGGACCACGUCCAGAUAAUGCGGAUUGUGGACUCGAUGAUGAAGGAAAUGGAUCACUCGGACUCGAACCAUAUACUCUUCCCCGACUUCUGCAAGGCCUUCGAGGUCUUUGACAUGACUGAGAGUAUGGUCACCUGGAUACCCGGGCUCCACGGUAGAACCGUCGAUGAUUCGCACCACACAUUAAGCCAGUAGAUAUAAUAUAAUAGAUAUAUAGACAGCCUCCUGCUACUUGUCGCCUAGGCCCGUAAA